AUGGUCUGCACUACAGAACUCGAAGGAUUCCGGCUCAAGUUGAGCACUGAACACGCUUCAAGGGUCUUGGAACAUAAUGUAAGAGGAAACGGGAGUAAAGCGCAAAGGUUUGUGCCAUCUAAUUUUGGGUGUGAGGAAGAUAAAAUAACGCCACUCCCUCCAUUUGAAGAGUUCUUGAAGAAGAGGAGGAAGAUCAAGAGGGCCACCAAAGCUGCAAGCAUUCCCUUCAUCUUUGUCGCUGCAAAUUGCUUCGCUGCAUACUUCGUCAGUGUCCUCCUUCAUCCCCACGACCUCAAUGAUGAAAUUGUUGUCUACGGCGACGGUGAAGCCGACGCCGUGCUGAAUUACAAGGAAGACGUAGGGAAGUACACGAUCAAGGUGGCGAAUGAUCCGAGGGCGCGCAACCGGGUCGUCACUUAUCGCCCGGUACCGAACAUAAUCUCUCAGCACCAAUUGAUAUCGCUGUGGGAGGAGAAAACGGGUCGGAGCUUCAAGAGAGUCCACGUGCCCGAGGAAGAUCUGGUCAAGCUCUCUCAAACGCUGCCACCUCCAGAAAACAUACUUGUCUCCAUACUUCACUCCAUUUUCGUCAAGGAAGAUCUGAUGAGCUACGAGAUAGAUGUAGAUGACCUCGAGGUUUCCAGAAUGUACCCAGAAAUGCAGCUCACCACCGUCGAUCAGCACCUCGACAUCUUCCUCACAGAUCCGCCAGUGCCAGCUAGGGCUGCUUUCGGAUGAGGUGAAUCCGUAAAGUUGAACUCUAGCAGUGAGCGGUAGCAGCCGCGUUGUGCUGAAUUACGACCGAAGCAUUGCUUGGCUUUGGUGGGUUCGAACGUUCAAACUUGAAAUCCUAUGUACUGUUUCUAUUCAUUUAAAUUUUUCUUUUCUUUAUUUUCAAUUGAGACUCGGUUCCCAUCAUUUCCAAGCCCUGCUAUUUCCA